AUGGCAAGUGCAGUACAAUCAGCGCACAAUCCCGUUGCCAUCAUCGGCAUAGGCAUUAGAGCCCCUGGAGAUGGCUCUGAUCCAGAGAAAUUCUGGGAUAUGCUAGUCGAAGGCCGUUCGGCACGCUCAGAGGUUCCCAAGGACCGUUACAGUAUUGAUGGCUUUUAUCAUCCUAGCCCCGAGCGGCUGGGAAGCAUUCAACCAAGACAUGCACAUUUUCUGAAACAGGAUUUCAAGGCGUUUGACGCCCCAUUUUUCUCCAUCACGCCCAAGGAGGCGAAAGCAAUGGAUCCCACACACAGAAUGCUUCUCGAGGCCACGUAUGAGGGCUUCGAGAACGCCGGCCUGCCACUUGAGAAAGUGGCUGGUACACUCACAUCCUGUUAUAUCGGCACCUUCACAGGAGACUUUCCCAAUCUUCAGGCCCGAGAUAAUGAAGGUCCUUCAAUAUACCAUGCUACGGGUCUGUCCUCGUCUCUGGCCUCGAACAGACUGUCAUGGUUCUAUGACCUCAAGGGUCCUUCGAUGACUAUUGAUACAGCGUGUUCCGCCAACCUCAUGUUCGGCCCUGACAUGUCCAUCCUUCUUGGUGCGGCCAAGAUCUUAUCGCCGGAGGGAAAGUCAAAAAUGUGGGAUGCCAGCGCAAAUGGCUUCUCUCGUGGCGAAGGAUUCGGUGUGCUCAUCAUCAAAUCCCUUGACGCCGCUUUGCGUGACGGGGACACAAUCCGCAGCAUCGUCCUUGCCAGUGCCUCUAAUGAGGACGGUCGGACUCCAGGCAUUUCUCUUCCAAGCAGCGAAGCUCAGCAGGCACUCAUCCAGGCGGCCUACAAACAAGCCGGCGUCAGCCCUUCGGAGACAGGAUACGUCGAGGCCCACGGUACAGGUACACAGGCCGGCGACCCUUUGGAGGCGAAAGCCAUUUUGGCCACGAUUGGUCAGGAUAGAACAAGUCCGCUGUUGGUUGGCUCGGUCAAGACUGCUAUCGGGCAUCUGGAGGGCGCGGCCGGCGUGGCUGGCGUCAUCAAGGCAGCAUUAGUCGUUGAGAGGGGAAUCAUCCCACCGAACCUGUGGUUUGAGAAGCUAAACCCUCAGAUCAAGCUACCGUUCAAUGUCAGGAUACCGACGUCGGCUACCACAUGGCCCAGUGACGGCCCUAGGCGGGCAAGUGUUAACUCCUUCGGUUUCGGCGGCGCCAACGCUCACGUCAUACUCGAAGACGCAGCUUCGUAUCUGAUGAGAAUGCACAGAGUGGGUCGCCAUUCGACCCAGAAGCUGUCGACAGGAUCAGUCACCAGGAUUUGCAUGACCAAUGGGUCCAACAAGAGUCAUAUCAACAGCCAAAGCAAUGGGCAUACCCAUAGCGCUGCCGAACCUAGACCUCGCGUCUUUGUCAUCUCAUCCAAUGACAAGGAUGGUGUAUCCCGGAAUGUUGAGCGGCUCCAUUCUUACCUCUCAACCAAGGCAUGCUCUCAGUCUGAUAGCAAAAACCUCGCUCACACCCUUUCCACAAAGCGUUCAGUUCUUCCAUGGAAAUCCUAUGUCACGGCUUCGUCGUUCUCGGAGCUGCAGUCAAGCCUUACAACGUCCUUGUCUUCUCCCGUUCGUUCGUCCAGCACAUCAAAUCCUCGAUUGGCAUUUGUUUUCACCGGCCAAGGGGCGCAGUGGUUUGCUAUGGGAAAAGGUUUGCAGGUAUUCUCCGCCUAUCAACAAAGCAUGGAUGCCAGUGAGCAGAUGCUCAGGGCCUUCGGCUGCCCCUGGAGCCUGGAUGAAGAGCUGAGGAGGCCGGAGCAGGAAUGCAACCUGCGAGGGACUGAUUACUCUCAGCCAGCCUGCACUGCAAUCCAGAUCGCUUUGGUUGACUUGCUGAGGUUUUGGGGCAUCAAGCCAGUCGCUGUCGUCGGCCAUUCGUCUGGUGAAGUCGCCGCUGCAUACGCCGCUGGUCUCAUCGGCCACGAGACGGCCAUGAAAGUCGCUUGGUUGCGAGGUCUAGUCUCUGGAACAGUCUCUCGGACCGGCCCCAAGGGUUGCAUGCUUGCUGUGAGCGCGAGUGGUGACUCUGUAAGUGGCAGGCUAGCCGGUCUGCGCAGUGGCAAGGCUAUCGUGGGUUGUUACAAUAGCCCGAAGGCAUGCACGAUUUCCGGAGAUGCAUCAGCUGUCGACGAGCUGCAAGAGAUAUUGAAGAAGGAUCAGAUCGCUUGCACUCGUCUGUCUAUGGAUGUCGCUUACCACUCCUUCCACAUGGAGACUGUCAGAGACCAGUACGAGGCUGCCUUGGCAGACAUUCCACACGACUCGGUCGGAGAGGUCAUCCCUAUGUUCUCGUCGGUCACCUGUUCGAUCGUCACAUCUAAGCAGAUUUCUCCAAGUUAUUGGGUUCAAAAUCUUCUUCGACCAGUUGAUUUCACUGGCGCCUUGACCGCACUCUUGAACCACGUCAGGGACAAGGCCGAGAAUUUGCACGACCGCCGAGCCUUCGCCGAUAUAUUCCUCGAACUUGGCCCACAUUCUGCUCUACGCAGUUACAUGCUCGAUAUUUUCCGUAGUACGGAAGGGAGAUACACUGACCUUUCUUACGAGACGAUGUUGCGUCGAAACUUCGACGGCACCAAAACUGCACUGGACGCCAUGGGCAACCUCUGGGCCAAGGGCUUCCAUCUCGACCUGGACUUGAUCAACGAUACCCCAGUUGCGAACAGUCAAAUGCUCGUUGACCUUCCACCGUAUGCAUGGAAUCACAGCUUGAAAUUCUGGGAUGAGUCUCACCUUUCCAGAGCAUAUCGCCUGCGAUCGAGGCCUCGUUUAGAUCUUCUUGGGUACCCCGUCGCGGGGGUGCCGGAUCCGACGUGGCGGAACUUUCUACGUUGCAGCGAAAAUCCCUGGAUUCGUGAACACAAGGUUCAGGGCAAUAUGCUAUAUCCUGGCGCUGGCAUGCUUGUCAUGGCAAUCGAGGCUGCCAAGCAGCUUGCCGAAGAGCAAUAUGGCGACACUGAGGACAUCCAUAGUUAUGAGCUUCGGGAUGUCAGUAUCGUCACUGCACUUCGUGUGCCGGACACUGAAAAAGGCAUUGAAGUCAUGGUCCAACUCCAUCCUCGCCGCACGGGAACCAAAGCUGCUCCAUCAGCCACGCUGAACGAAUUUACUGUGUCGUCGUGGUCGGAGGACAGCACAGAGUGGAUCAUUCACUCCCGAGGUCUCAUUAGUGUGACCUUGGUAUCGUCAAUUUCGCCUACUAUGCAACAGCAACUUGACUUAGACAAUGACGCCAUCAGAAAGUCCUUCGAGGCAGCAAGAUCCGAGUGUCAAAAGCCAGCACGAAACUUCUUGUACGACAACGUCGAGACGAUUGGUAUGGUGUAUGGACCAACUUUCCGCAACGUUCAGGAUUUAUGGGCCGGCCAGGAUGCAAGUUACGGCACAAUUGCCAUACCGGACACGAGGGCUGUAAUGCCUGAGAAGUUCGAGUACCCAUGCGUUGUACAUCCGGCCACACUGGAUUCUGUCCUGCACUUGCUCUUCCCAUCCAUCAGCGGCUCAGAGCAAUCGCUUGCAGAAGCAGUUGUACCUGUUACCUUCGACCGCGUGCUUGUUUCCGCCAGGACGCCAUCACUUCCGGGAACUAUUCUUCAUGGAACGUCAACCGCAAAGAAGUUGGGCUAUACCACAUGGACGUCAUCCAUCGCUAUCUCGGAUGACACCCAUUCUUGCCCACUAAUAGUAAUGGAAGGCGUUGGGCUCGCUUCAGUGGGUGGCAAUACCGACGGUAGCAAUGAGGAAGUGCUCGAGACACGUGCAUCAUGUUUCGAUCAGAUCUGGCGCGAGGACGUGGAGAUGCUUCCACCAAACCAUGUCAAGCAGCUUGUGUAUAAGCGCACCAUUCCUAACGCUGAUGAUGAGUCUGUCCUGGAUCUCCUCGAGUACGUCUGCCUGGUGCACAUAUACCGCUGCUUGGACUGGUUCAACACGCCCGAGGGUGCCGCCGCGAAGCCAACAGAAGGAUUCUGGAAAUCCUAUGUUGAGUGGAUGGAAGUAUGCAAGAAGUGCUUCCCAUCUCUCGACAACGAUCCCACUGUGGUUGAAGCUAAAUUGAAGGCUGCAAAAGACCGUAUCGCUCUUAGUGAGUCCGGCAAUAUCACAGUGCAGAUGGUCGACCGCAUCGGAGAAAAUCUAUCCAGGAUCUUUACCCGACAGAUCGAGCCGCUGCAAGUCAUGACAGAGGGCGACCUCCUGUAUACAUUUUACCGCGGCGCCUUCGGAACUUCUUUCAACACCAACGUCGCCGAGUUUGUUGGCCUGAUUGCUGACAAGAAACCCGGGCUUGAAAUCUUGGAGAUUGGCGCUGGCACUGGUGGGACGACAUAUCACGUCCUUGAGCGCCUCCGCAAUCCAGACGGUACAUCUAAAGCAAAGCGCUACUCCUUCACAGACAUUUCCCCCGGGUUUCUAGCAAAAGCUCAGGAACGAUUCUCGGCAGACCAAGGGAUAAUGGAGUUCGGUACCUGCAACAUCGAGAACGACCCGAUUUCUCAGGCCUUCCAACCAGAGUCUUUUGACCUCAUCGUGUGUGCAAACGUCCUUCACGCCACCAGAAGAAUACAGGAGACGCUUGAACACUGUCGAGUUCUGCUCAAGCCUGGCGGUAGACUUGUAUUGUCUGAAGUCACUAUCAAGCGUAUAUUUUCUGGCUUUAUCAUGGGGCCUCUUCCUGGCUGGUGGCUCGGGGAGGAUGACGGUAGGGUCGGUGGUCCGCUUAUGGAUGUUGACGAGUGGAACACCGCUCUCAAGAAAGCCGAAUUCAGCGGCGUUGAUCUGGAUGUACGUGGCGAUCGUGAGACCUCCAACGAGCCCGUCUCCUUGAUUGUAUCUACCAAGCCUGCCACAUCGAGGCCCCAGCCGGCUUCCAGGUAUGCCAUCAUACACGGUGGUACCGAGAAGUCAAAGGCUCUUGCGGAUGCUCUCAGAAACAAUUUCGAGAAGGCCGAACUCGAUGUUUCAGUGGCAGUCUGGUCGUCUUUCACUGAGGAGGAUGUCUGCGACAAAUAUGUCUUAUCCCUUGCGGAAUGGGAGGUACCCCUUUUGACGGACCUGACGGACGAGAAUUGGGAGAGGAUCCGCCGCUCGAUCCACGCAGCUGAUGGGACGCUCUGGAUCACGGGUGGAGCCGCAAUGGACUGCUCUCACCCAUUACAAUCCCUCAUGGUGGGCCUGUCGCGUGCCAUACGAAAUGAGGACGCCGGCACAACCCUCGCUACCUUGGAUAUUGAGCCGCCAGAGUCGCUCAUCGAUGGUGUGAGGCUGAACACAGCCGCUGAGACUGUUUGUCGUGUUGCUCAAGAGCACUCUCGCAAAGACCCGGACCGUCAAGAUCAUGAGUUCGUAGCUCGGAAUAAAACGAUAUACGUGCCUCGCGUGGAGCGGGCGCAAAAUGUUGAUGCUUCGCUUCGUUCAUACGAGGCGAAGGGCGAGCCUGAACUUGUUCCACUCACCAGUUGUGGCCGUCCCCUCAAGCUGACCAUCAAGACCCCUGGUCUUUUGGAUACUUUCCGCUGGGUUGAGGAUGAGCUGUAUCACACUGAUCUGCAAGAAGACUGGAUUGAGAUUCAGGUCAAGGCAAUAGGUCUGAAUUUCAAAGACGUCUUAGUUGCGCUGGGCAGUCUUCCAGAGAACAAACUCGGAGUUGAUGUCUCCGGAGUGGUCAGUCGGGUUGGGAAAGCCGUGAGUGGCCUGAAGCCUGGCGACCGAGUGAUGACUGCGACGUGUGACGCGUUCGCGACAUAUGUUCGCUUCCCAGCCGCGGGUGCUAUUCGUAUGCCUGACAUCAUGUCCUUUGAGGAAGCAGCUUCAAUGCCCCUGAUCUUUCUCACUGCCUACUACGCACUUGUGACAGCGGGCGGCCUUGUCAAGGGGGAAACUAUCCUGAUCCACGCUGCGGCGGGUGGUGUCGGCCAAGCAGCCGUCAUCCUUGCUAAGCACAUCGGUGCCGAAGUCUUCGCCACAGUUGGAUCAGCCGAGAAGAAGACGCUCAUUAUGGAGCAGUAUGGGAUUGGGGAAGACCACAUCUUCAGUAGCCGUGAUACCUCUUUUUCGAAGGCGAUCAUGCGAGCGACAGGCGGUAAGGGGGUCGAUGUUGUCCUGAACUCGCUGGCCGGCGAGGCUCUUCGACUCAGCUGGCAUUGUCUAGCCAAGUUCGGUCGCUUCCUAGAGAUCGGAAAAGCAGAUCUAUUUGCCAACACCGGUCUGGACAUGAAACCUUUCCUCGAUAACAAGAGCUAUAUCGGUGUUAACCUCCUCGACUUCGAGAACAACCCUACACCACGUGCUGUCAGGCUGUGGGAGGAUGUUUCAAAUCUCAUUCAGGACGGCACACUAAGGCCUGUGACGCCAAUCAUGCAUUUCACUACAUCUGAGGUCGAAAAAGCCUUCCGCUUCAUGCAAGCAGGCAAGCACAUGGGCAAGGUCGUCGUGCGGGUUGAUGAUAGGGACCUGGUGCCAGCUGUGCCUCUUACGCCAAAGGUCAAUGUUCAGUCUGACUCUACGUAUGUUGUGGCAGGCCUCGGCGGUAUCUGCAGGGAGAUUGCAAGAUGGCUGGCGGAUAAGGGAGCGAAAUCGUUGGUCUUUCUGUCUCGAACUGCAGCGAGCGGCGAAGGCAACAAAGCUUUCGCUGAGGAUUUGAGGAGGCAGUAUGGCGUGGAAGUCCGAGCCUUCGACUGUGAUGUAGGAAAUCGCGGCGAGUUAGCUAUCGUUCUGGACAAUUGCCGCGAUCUUCCUCCGAUCAAAGGCUGCGUCACGGGAGCCAUGGUUUUACACGACACUCUCUUCGACAAGAUGACGGCGAACCACGUCCGCAAGACUGUUGGUCCCAAGGUUCAUGGGACGUGCAACCUACACGACCUCCUUCCCCGCGAUCUGGAUUUCUUUGUAAUGCUGAGCUCCCUCGCUGGUGUGAUGGGUCACCGCGGUCAGGGAAACUACGGCUGUGGAAAUAUUUUCCAAGAUUACUUCGCAAGUUACAGAAGGAGCCAGGGUCUUCGCGCCAUGACCAUUGACAUUGGCUACCUGCUAUCGGUCGGGUUCGUGGCCGAACACGAUGAGUACGUGGACCAUGUCAAGGCAAUGGGGCUCAAGGUGAUGCAUAACAGCGACCUCCAUGGCCUCCUCUCCAUAGCCAUGGAGCAUUCCAAUACGCCAUUACAUCACCCGGCACAGAUCAUGUGUGGUUUACCUCACAAUUCGUACUCUGAGGGGUGGUAUUGGAUUACAGAUGACCGUUUUGCAGGUCUUCGUAAUCAGCACAGCUCGAUUUCGAAUUCGGGCUCUGGUAGCAGUGUCUCCCUUCGUGACGAGCUAAGUCUCUGCUCCAGAAAAGAUCUCGCCACUGCCACCGACUUGAUUAUGAAGUCAAUGGUGGAGAGACUUUCGAGGCUGAUGAUGAUGCCUGAGAGCGACAUUGAUGCUGGUAAGCCGCUCAGUGCUUAUGGGGUGGACAGUCUGGUCGCCGUGGAAAUUAGAAAUUGGAUUGCAAAGGAGACAGGCGUUGAUAUCAGUGUCUUUGAUAUAAUGGCCAACGUGGCCAUGAGAGCUUUGGCUGGGGAUUUGGCGUGCAAGUGCAAGCUGUUGAUAUCAAGCAGUAGUGGCUGA